AUGGGCAAGAAGCGGACUUCGGGGUCGACGCCCACCUUCAGCUCGUUCAGCGUCGUCUCCAACUGUGAGGAUGAGUCUCCGUGGGCUUCGGACGAGCAGCAGCGGUUCCUGCUGGCGCUGGAGCAGUUCGGAGGCGGCCAAUGCUCCAGCGUCACGCAGGCGUGGCAGUCCAUCACAACGGCAGUCGGCACUCGGGACAUCGCGCAGACGUGUACCACGCGCGCACUGUACCUGGUCAUCGACUCUGGCGCCAUCAUCAAGGGCACCAACCUGGCGGUGCUGGCCGAGAACUUCUGGACCGUGCCCGAUAAUGCAGAACAAUACUACCACGCCGUGGGCACGCCGCGCGCCGUCGUGGACGCCGGCUUCACCAAGAAGCUCGUCGUGCAGUACGGCAGCGUCAUCCCGCCGUCGGCCAAAGCCUUCGUCAAGAUCCAGCGGGCCGUCGUGGCGCGCAUCGUGUCCGGCGCCAACGAGGUCGAGUACGCGCCCAUCCACGAGGACGGCGACCUGCUGGCGGGCAAGAGCCUGAGCUACGACUACCUGGUGGUGGCCACGGGCAGCACGUACACGGUGCCCAUCAAGCAGUCGGCCAACAACUUCAAGCCCUCAACCACGGAGGCCAAGCUGGCCAAGAUGCGCGAGCAGGUCAAGGCCGCCAGCAGCGCGCUCAUCGUGGGCGGCGGCGCCGUGGGCGUCGAGGUGGCCGGCGAGAUCAAGGCCAAGUACCCGAGCAAGACCGUGACCAUCCUCGAGGGCAAGGACAAGCUGGUCGCGAGCUACGACGGCGUCAAGGUGGUGCUGGGCGAGCGCCUGACGGAGCGCCUCAACGUAAACUCCUUCGAGAAGCGCACGCUGCGCACGGACAAGGGCACGGAGAUCGAAUCUGACAUCCAGCUGCUAUGCGGCGGCUUUCGCCCCACGAGCGAGCUCAUUCAGAAGCUUGACGCCAGUCUGAUCACGCCCGAGGGCUUCAUCAAGGUCAACAGCAAGCUGCAGCUGGACAGCGCGCAGUACUCCAACAUCUACGCGCUGGGCGACGCGAGCAACAGCCCCGCGCCCAAGCGCAUGUUCUACGCCGGCCUGCAGGGCAAGCACCUGGGCCCCGAGCUGGCGCUGGUGGCGCGCAAGACACAAACCAACGUGAGCAAGCCGUUCCCCAAGGUGGAGGUGGUGGGCACGAUGCUGCCGCUGGGCCCGAACGGCGGCGUCUCGCAGCUGCCCGUCAUGGGCAGCGUGAUCAUGGUCAUCACCAAGCGUCUUCAGAUGAUCAUGCACGCCAAGUCCACUCUGUCAUCAGUGCGUCUGCUGGGCAAGGAGAACUGGGUCAAGAUGGAGAAGCGCCCCAACUGCUUCUACAGCGCGCGCAAGUUCCGACCGUUCUCCAUCAAGCGUCAUUGUCGCUCCUGCGGCGAAAUCGUCUGCUCCAACUGCUACCGGCGGAGAAGGGUGAGCGUGACCUCGACUCUGGAAGUCACGGGAUCGGAUUGA